CCGAGCUCUGCGCCAAAGCGCUCGAUACAGCAAGCUCGUAGUCAUCAUUUGGCGGAGCAAGAAAUCCAGCAUACGAGGCGCAGCCUUAAAAACGAAAAAUAUCAAUUUAGCCUGGGUUUAUUGUGACAACAGCCAUCCGUCAACAAUGAUGAACGGACAGAUGAAUGGUUUUCAUAACUCCCUCAUCGACGAAGACUGCUUCUUGUUCACCUCGGAGUCGGUCGGAGAAGGACACCCCGACAAGAUUUGUGAUCAGAUUAGUGAUGCAGUCCUUGACGCCCAUCUUAAGCAGGAUCCUGAUGCUAAAGUUGCUUGUGAAACUGUUGCCAAGACUGGGAUGAUCCUGUUGGCUGGUGAAGUGACAUCCCGUGCCACAGUGGACUACCAGAGAGUUGUGCGGGACACCAUCCGUCAGAUUGGCUAUGAUGACUCAUCCAAAGGCUUUGACUACAAGACCUGUAAUGUCCUUGUGGCCUUGGAGCAGCAGUCUCCUGACAUUGCCCAAGGUGUCCAUAUUGACCGCAAUGAGGAGGACGUCGGAGCUGGGGAUCAGGGCUUGAUGUUUGGAUAUGCAACAGAUGAGACUGAGGAGUGCAUGCCUCUCACAGUUGUCCUUGCCCACAAACUGAAUGCUAAAAUGGCUGAACUGCGACGCAAUGGCACCCUUCCUUGGCUUCGACCAGACUCAAAGACACAAGUUACUGUACAGUACCGCCAGGACCGUGGUGCCAUGCUCCCUGUGCGAGUUCACACCAUCGUCAUCUCUGUUCAGCAUGAUGAGGAUAUUUGCUUGGAGGAAAUGAGGGAUGCCCUGAAGGAGAAAGUGAUUAAGAGUGUUGUUCCAUGCAUCUACUUGGAUGAUGACACCAUCUAUCACCUUCAACCCAGUGGUCGAUUCGUGAUUGGAGGCCCACAGGGAGAUGCUGGCCUCACUGGGCGUAAAAUCAUUGUCGACACCUAUGGAGGCUGGGGAGCCCAUGGUGGUGGAGCUUUCUCUGGGAAAGAUUACACUAAGGUGGACCGCUCUGCUGCUUACGCAGCACGCUGGGUGGCCAAGUCUCUGGUGAAGGCUGAGCUCUGCAGGAGGGUGCUGGUCCAGGUGUCCUAUGCCAUUGGAGUUGCCCAUCCUCUUUCCAUUUCCAUCUUCCACUAUGGGACCUCAAACAAGAGUGAGAGGGAGUUACUUGACAUUGUGAGGAAGAACUUUGACCUAAGACCUGGAGUCAUUGUCAGGGAGCUGGAUCUGAAGAAGCCCUUCUAUCAGAGGACUGCUGCCUACGGCCACUUUGGCCGAGACUCCUUCCCAUGGGAGGUGCCCAAAAAACUUAAGUACUAAAUCUGUUAAGCUUUUCCCCCCAGGCUUGUUGGUGUAUACUACAGAGAAGCCUCCAAGGUUCCAGGGGUGAAAUGCACUUCUUUUCCUCUCAAUGAUAUGACACAUGAGUCCCUUCCUACUUCCAUUCUCCCUCUGUCCUGUUACUGUUUUCUGCUGGUUGCACUGUUGUGCUGGGUCCUAAGAGGCAUGCCUCAGAAACUUGAUGUUUUAAAGAAUUAGGUGGGUUCCAAGAACUCGUGCAUCGUAGUACUUCAUGUUCUCUUGACCUGAGGUUGCCUUGCUUCUCGUGGUGGUAGUCGCUCAGUAGGUUCGUCCGGUUCUCAUUUCGGCACUCCACUUAUUCUCAGUCUUUGACUUGGCGUCAUAGUGGUACAUGUUUGUUAGUCUGAGAUGCCCCUCUUCCCUCUUAAUUUACUGGUGCUACAGGCAAGAUUUGAGGCCAUCGCAACCAUAGCGAAUCAUAUAAUUUGGUAAUUGGAAUUUAAUUUUUUUUUAUUGGGCACUGUUCCAGAAUUCAGCUUUGUUCUAAACAUUCCUCACUAGUCUGUCUGGUAGGGGUUCUGUGGCUCAGUGUAUCGCUUCUAUCCAUCUCUUAUUUUGUAUUCUCUUUCCCUGUUGUCGUUGGUUGUGGAGGAUGCUAGAAUGGCACAAUUCAUGAGUUAUUAUCAAUAAUGAUGCUAUGCAUUGCAGGCUAAGGGGCAAGCCAAAUUCUAGAAGCUCAAAUGAGCAUGAGGCCUGCGACGCCCCUACAGACCUUUGCAGAUUUCUGACGUAAUACAGAAAAGUCAGAAGCUGCUAUGUCACUGCUCGGGUCUGCAGUGGUAUCGAAUAUACUUGAUGCGAUGAGAAAACUUAUGCAUUGAAAUAAAAUUUUAAACUUAUUUUAUUUUUGGAUUACAUUGUUUCCCUUGCUUUUUUAAAGGUUUUGAAAUGACUCGACCCAUGUGCUCCUUAAGCUUAUUGAUGGCAGGUGUAGCUACAGAGAAACCUGUUUCCCAUCUUUAUCUUAACGGAGUUUGCUCUUGGCCACAUUCGUAUGGGUUAGGAUCGCACCUCAACACUAUUUAUUUGUUCUCUGAAACUUGGCGUGGAUACAGAGAAGCCGAAGUUUUCAGAAGGCAGCUUUAAACACGUGGUUAUUGAACCUUGAAUUCCUCUUUGACUUGAUCGUUUUUAGUGUUUGGCUUGAGGCUCCAGAGUGUUAUACAGAAAAGCUUUGGAAUGACUCAAAACGUCCCUGGCAUCUGUAAAGGAAUGUUUUGCAACUUUUUUAAAAAGAAAAACUUUUUUUUUUUUUUAAUUUUUGAAAAGCAGACAUUGACUUUUUAAGAUGGGUUAGUUUUGAAAUCCCAUCUAAGAUGCCUUGUGCAGUUGUUUGGCUCUCGUCUAUCCCAGUUGAUGUGAUGGUGAUAUUUGGCUGGUGUGGUACAGAGAAACCAGCCUUGUUUACACAGCCGUCCCAUGAGUGGGGUAGUCUAAAAGUUUGGGUUUGUUCCCUUUGACCUUCCAUAGGGUCACCUGGUUGACGGUUAGCGUGAGAGUGCCUUUUCUAUUUCCUUUACUUCUAUUUGCUUUUACCACCCCUCAAAAACAUGCGUUAAACUUCCAGAGGAACACGUAGCUCAGUGUAACAUGCUUCAUGUCUAGACCCGUAGUUUCCCGAUGUUCUGUAAUAAACUACUCACCCCAA